GGAACGCAAAACCAGGAAGUGAGGGGGCAGGGAAGAACUAUUAUUCAGAAUCUCGUUCCUGUCACUUGUGGUACAUAGAGGGAAGACUUCUACAAUGUAUCACUACAGGCUGGAUCUGUAAGAAGCCAUACAGCGCGUUUACUGAACAGAAGUCACAUGAAGCUAACACCUGUCUAUGAGUUAAAUAGUCGUAUGUGCAUCAUUUAAAGUAAUGAGGAUGGACAGAGAGAGGAAUUACACGGUUGACAGGAUAUUAAGCCUCACCCUGGACAUCAUUUUUCUUCUUACUGGAGAGGAUUACACACUUGUGAAGAAGUCAAGUGAUCAUAUCCUACAUAGCAGCCGUCGCCAUAUAACAGGAAUAUAUAGAAGGACCAAGAGUCCCAUCAUGGUGCCUCCACCUCACUCGCUGAUACAUGAGAGAGACAUUGAGCAGAAGAUCCUGGAACUCACCAACGAGAUCAUUCAGCUGCUGACUGGAGAGGUUCCUAUAAGGUGCGACGAUGUCACUGUCUAUUUCUCCAUGGAGGAGUGGGAGUAUAUAGAAGGACACAAGGGUCUGUACAAGGAUGUGAUGUUGGAGAAUCACUGGCCCCUCAUAUCACCAGGUUUACCUUAUGAUGCUGAAAAUAAAUGUUUCUCCCCUAAUUCUAAGGAGGAUCCAGUCUUAUGUGAUGGAGGAGACCUCACACACCCUGGCAAUUAUACAACCACAGGUCAUACACAACAUACAUCUCAUAUUAAGGAGGGAUCAGCCUCAUGUGAUGGAGUAGACCUCACACACAGUGACAUGUAUACACCCACAGGUCAUACACAGUAUACAUCUCAUAUUAAGGAGGGAUCAGUCUCAUGUGAUGGAGGAGACCUCACACACACUGACAUGUAUACACCCACUGGUCAUACACAGUAUACAUCAACUCAUGUGAAGGAGGAAUCAACCUCAUGUGAUGAUGAAGAAGACCUGACACACACUGACAUGUAUACAUCCACAGGUGUUACCCAGUAUACAUCUACUCAUAUUAAGGAGGAACCGGUCUCAUUUGAUGGAGAAGACCUGACACACACUGACGUGUAUACGCCCACAUAUCAUACACAGUAUACAUCUACUCAUAUUAAGGAGGAACCAGUCCCAUGGAAUGGAGAAGACCUCAGACACACUGACAUGUAUACUUCCACAGAUGGUACAAAGGUACAAUAUACAUCUACUUACCAAACUGCACAUAUCGCAGGUCAGACAUGUUACUGCUCUGAGUGUCAGAAAAGUUUUACUAAAAGCUCAGAUCUUCUCCGAUACCCAAUUGUCCAUAAAAGUCUCCGGCCAUUUAUAUGUUCAGAAUGUGGGGAAUGUUUUUCAACGGUUUCGCGUCUUGCUGUGCAUCGGAGAAUUCACAAAGGAAUGAAGGUCUACCCGUGCACAGAGUGUGGGAAGUGUUUUGGCUGCAGGGCCCACCUCACCCUGCACCAGCGAACUCACACGGGAGAGAGGCCCUUUUCCUGCCAUGUGUGUGAAAGUGCUUUAACCGUAAUGCCCAUCUGACAGUGCACCGCAGGAUUCACACGGGGGAGAGACCCUAUUGCUGCGCUAUCUGUGGGAAGUGCUUCAACUGCAGUGCAAGCCUCAUUGUCCAUCGGCGCAUCCACACUGGGGAAAAGCCCUAUCCCUGUCCUGAAUGUGGAAAACGCUUCAUUACUAACUCAGACCGGACUAAGCACCAGAAGGUCCACACGGGCGCUAAGCCCUUUAUAUGCUCCAGCUGCAGUAAACCUGACUAAGCACCAGAAAAUCCAUGCCAGAGGGAAGCCAUUUUGUUGCACAGUUUGUGGAGAAAGUUUUGCCCACGAUGCACUGCUGGCACGGCAUUAUAUGACGCACACAAAUCAAUAACCUCACUUACUGGACGUGGUUAACUUUUAUAUGUAUGAAAAAUGGUCUCAAAAAAGAGCAAUGUUUCAUAAAGUAAAUACUUUGCAU